UGUGCUUGAACGCAUCAUCCUUCCCUUGUUGAAUGACGUGUCAACAAAGUGCCGGAAGCUUCCAGUGUGUCCAAAAUGGCUUACCAGACACUUCAACAGGAGUAUUUACAGAUUCCCAUUGUUACCAGGGCAUAUACAACCGCCUGUGUCCUCACAACUGCUGCAGUGCAACUAGAGAUCAUCACACCAUUUCAGCUAUACUUCAAUCCAGAUUUGAUUCUUAGGAAUUACCAGGUAUGGCGACUAAUAACCAACUUCCUCUUUUUUGGUCCAGUUGGCUUCAAUUUCCUGUUCAAUAUGAUUUUUCUGUACAGAUACUGUCGUAUGCUAGAGGAGGGCUCUUUCAGGGGACGCACGGCUGACUUUGUCUUCAUGUUCCUCUUCGGUGGGCUUCUGAUGACUAUAUUUGGCACUUUUGUAAGUCUGGUUUUCCUGGGCCAAGCCUUCACUAUCAUGCUGGUGUACGUGUGGAGUCGGAGAAACCCAAAUGUUCGCAUGAAUUUCUUUGGCCUGCUGAAUUUCCAGGCACCCUUUCUCCCCUGGGUGCUGAUGGGAUUCUCACUUCUGCUGGGCAACUCCAUCAUUGUGGAUCUUUUAGGUAUCGCUGUUGGUCAUGUGUACUUCUUUCUGGAGGAUGUUUUCCCCAACCAGCCUGGUGGUGGAAGGUGGCUCAAGACCCCAUCCAUCAUAAAGAUGCUGUUUGACACACCAGAGGAAGAUGCCAACUACAACCCCCUGCCUGAGGAACGCCCGGGGGGGUUUGCCUGGGGAGAGGGACAGCGCCUUGGAGGUUAAAUGUUGCUCCCUCAUCGUCCCUGAUUGUCAGGUCACUUCCAAGGACAUUCCCUUAGAGAGAUGAAGGGGACAAACAUGGUCUUUGUUUUUGACGUGUUUGUUUAGUUCUGGAUGAAGAAUGCCAAACAACCAGAGCUGGUUUGGAGAUAACCGUCUGUCUUUGUAUAUGGGCUUAAAUCAUCCCCAGAAACUCUUCUCGAUGCAAGAUUGUUUCUCUAAGACUAUUUGAGAGAACACAUUCUUCGGAUGGAACUCUGGUUGGUUUGUCUUCAUCUAAAAAAAGAAAAAACAAGCAAAAUUGAUAUAAAACUGUCAUAUGGAAGGAAAAAAAAUGACCGCAGUAAAAUGGCAAAAACAAAUUUCUUCAGAUGUGCAUUUU